AUGGAAGGCGCCCGGGAGAACGCCCCGGAGUCUGGCCCCCCCGCCCCCGGGACCGAAGAGCCUGCCGGCUCGGCCAGGGGUCCCGAGGGGUCGGCUCCAGAGGAUUCGGAGGGCUGCUCCCGGCCCCAGGUGACGGCCCCCAAGAAACUCUGUGGGUAUCUAAGUAAAUUUGGCGGCAAGGGGCCCAUCCGAGGCUGGAAAUCCCGCUGGUUCUUCUACGAUGAGAGGAAAUGUCACCUGUAUUAUUCGCGGACCGCGCAGGAUGCUAAUCCCUUGGACAGCAUCGAUAUCUCCAGUGCGGUCUUUGACUGCAAGGCGGACGCUGAGGAGGGGACGUUCGAAAUCAAGACUCCCAGCCGGGUUAUUACCCUGAAGGCUGCCACCAAGCAAGUGAUGCUGUACUGGCUGCAGCAGCUGCAGAUGAAGCGCUGGGAGUUCCACAACAGCCCGCCUGCACCUCCCGCUGCCCCUGAUGCUGCCCUGCCUGGGAAUGGGCCUGCCCUGCACCUGGAGCUAGGGCAGGAGGAGGCGGAGCUAGAGGAGUUCCUGUGUCCUGUGAAAACGCCCCCUGGGCUUGUGGGUGUGGCAGCCGCCUUGCAGCCAGUCCCGGCCAUGCCCUUGGCCCUUCAGAAUAUUUCCCUCAAGCACCUGGGAACUGAAAUACAAAACACAGUGCACAACAUGCGUGGCAACAAGCAGGCCCAAGGAACAAGCCAUGGACCUCCAGGAGAAGAUGGUCCACAAUGCAGGGAGCUGCAGAGGGAGGAGCAGCCCUUGGCCCCUGACCCCAGUGCCUCAGGGAGAGAGCCAGCAGAUUCUCCAAAGCCUGCACCCAAGUCCUCUCUGACAGUCAAUCUCAUUCAGAAAGCCAAACGUCAGAACAACACCUUCCCGCUCUUUUCCGAAGGGCUCACGCGGAACCGAACCGCCCAGGAGAAAGUGGUGGCCUUGGAGCAACAGGUUCUGAUGCUCACCAAGGAGUUACAGUCUCAGAAGGAGCUGGUGAAGAUCCUGCACAAGGCGCUGGAGGCUGCCCAGCAGGAGAAGAGGGCAUCCAGUGCAUACCUGGCAGCGGCUGAGGACAAGGACCGGCUGGAGCUGGUGCGGCACAAAGUGCGGCAGAUCGCAGAGCUGGGAAGGCAGGUGGAAGCUCUGCAGCAAGAGCGGGAGAGCCUGGUGCACACAGCCAGCCUGUUGGAGCAGCAGGUGCAGGAGCUGCAGAUGCACGUGCAGCUGCUCAUGGACAAGAACCAGGCCAAGCAGCAGGUCAUCUGCAAGCUGUCUGAGAAGGUCACCCUGGACUUCACAUACCCCUCUGACCAGCCCCCAGGGGCUCCUGACUCUGCCAACAGGGACUUCCUGAGCCAGCAGGAGAAGAUGGAGCACCUAAAGGAUGACAUGGAAGCCUACCGGACUCAGAACCGCUUCCUCAACUCGGAGAUCCACCAGGUCACAAAGAUCUGGAGGAAGGUGGCUGAGAAGGAGAAGGCCCUCCUGAUGAAGUGUGCCUACCUUCAAGCCAGGAGCUGCCAGGUGGAAAGCAAGUACCUGGCAGGGCUGCGGAAGCUGCAGGAGGCCAUGGGGGAUGAGGCCAGCGAAUGCUCAGAGCUACUAAAGCAGCUCAUCCAGGAGGCACUGCAGUGGGAAGCCAGCGAAGCGUCGGCCAACGAUGUGGAGCUGAGCCCCAUCAGUGAGCAUGAUGAAUAUGGUUUCCUGACGGUGCCCGACUAUGAGGUGGAAGACAUGAAGCUGCUGGCCAAGAUCCAGGCGCUGGAAGUGCGCUCCCACCACCUGCUGGCCCUUGAGGCUGUGGAGCGGCCGCUGCGGGAGCGCUGGGCUACCCUGGGCGAGCUCGUGGCCUCAGCUGAGCUCAAGCAGCUGCUGCGGGCAGGAGUGCCCCGUGAGCACCGGCCGCGUGUCUGGAGGUGGCUGGUCCACCUCCGCGUCCAGCACCUGUACACUCCCAGCUCCUACCGGGAACUGCUGAGCCGGGGCCAGGCCUGCAAGCAACCUGCCGCCCGCCAGAUAGAGCUAGACCUUAACCGGACCUUCCCCAACAACAAGCACUUCACCUGCCCCUCCUCCAGCUACCCUGACAAGCUCCGCCGGGUGCUGUUGGCCUUCUCCUGGCAGAACCCCACCAUUGGCUACUGCCAAGGCCUGAACAGGCUGGCGGCCAUUGCUCUGCUGGUCCUGGAUGAGGAGGAAAGUGCCUUCUGGUGCCUGGUGGCCAUUGUAGAGACCAUCAUGCCGGCUGACUACUACACCAAGACCCUGACAGCAUCCCAGGUGGACCAACGGGUGCUCCAGGACCUCCUCUCAGAGAAGCUGCCCAGGCUCAUGGCCCAUCUGGUGCAGCACCACGUGGACCUCUCCCUCAUCACCUUCAACUGGUUCCUCGUGGUAUUUGCAGACAGUCUCAUCAGCGACAUCCUCCUCCGGGUCUGGGAUGCCUUCCUGUAUGAGGGGACCAAGGUGGUGUUCCGCUAUGCAUUGGCCAUUUUCAAGUACAACGAGGAGGAGAUCCUAAGACUGCAUGAUGGCCUGGAGAUCUACCAGUACCUGCGAUUCUUCACCAAGACCAUCUGCAACAGUCGGAAGCUGAUGAACAUUGCCUUCAACGACAUGAACCCCUUUCCCAUGAAACAGCUGCGCCAUCUGCGGAGGGUGCACCGUCAGAAGCUGGAGGCUGAGCUGCGGGAGCUGGAGCGGCUUAAGGCCGAGUACAUGGAGAGGCGGGCAUCCCAGAGCAGAGCAGUGCCUGAGGGCUGCGCCAGCGAGGAUGAGGGAGAGGGGGAGGCCUGACCUGGCCACCUCCCCUCCCCAAAGCCUUUCUCACCCUUUGCUGGCAGGCUCACUGGAGGUCGGGCUUGGACCAGUGGUUCAGCCCUGCAGCUGCAUCACUACAUGACCUUGGACUAGGCCCUUCCCCUCUCUGGGCCUCAGUCUCCCCUGGGGACACUGUCUGCUGUGAAGCCAUUGGUUGGGUUACGUCUUCUUGGGCACUUACCUGGGGGUACCU